AUGUGCUUCGCUGGAAGUGGUGAUGUGAUCACGGGUGACUCAAACGGGACCCUAACACUCUGGGAUCCUACCACAUAUAAAGCAAAAAAGCAGGCGCAUGUAGUACAUCAUGGCGGUGUAUUUGCACUAUGCAUCAGCAAAAAAGGUACGCUACUCAGUGCUGGUAAGGAUAGGACCAUUGCUGAAUGGGAGACUACGGAUUUAGUGCGUAGGCGAAGACCUGUUGAGCUACCAGAUGAUGCUGGGGUUCCACGUGUACUCUUAAACCCAGUAGGUGAUAAGAUCAUCGUAGGAACAUCGCGGAACACGCUCUAUUCUGGUGACUUCGAGACUGGCUUUGAGGAAAUAGUAGAUCCAACUAUUCAUAAUGUUGAGAAAUUCCAAACAAUUCUUGCUUUUCCGGGUGAUGCGGAAGACGUGACUUCUUGUGUGGCUUUGAAACCGAACCACUUUGUGACAACGAGUGCUGAUGGUUGCCUUCGAUGUUACAACUCAUCCACUAAGCGUAGGGAAUGGCGACGAACGCUAGGAGAAAGCGUCACGUGUGCAUCAGUAAACCCAUCCGGUUCACUUUUGGCUCUCGGUUUUGCCACGGGUACAUGGAAAGUGAUGGACCUGUCGUCGAUGGAAAUUGUAUUCGAGCAGACAGGCUCAUCUCAAGCUGUGACCGCGAUUCAGUUCGCGCCAAGCGGUGAUCUAAUAUUCGUGGCCACAAAAGAGUUGUUUGCCACAAUUUUCCGUUUUGAAACUCCGCAACGUCUCUAUCAAACAGCAAGGAUAGGCCCACUGUCGUCAUUCGCCAUCUUCCCAGACUGGGACGUGAACUCACAGUAUAUCCGAGCAAACUCUACAAUAGGACACAUUUAUCACUGGUCGGCCAUUAAUGGGGAAUUAGUGGACCAUGCCACUGUUCGCGAUGUCGAAUGGGUUACUGGAAACUGUAUUACAAUAGUUUGUCGGUCGCCGUCCAAAGACUUACUGGUUGUUGGGCGAGACAAUGGUUCAGUCAGGCUUUAUGACUGUCCUGUACAAAGUACAAAGGCUGGUUUUCAUGCUCUAUGUGGGCACACCCAUGCGAUCGCCGGCCUCGCUUAUGUUGGGAAUGAUCUGGUCACAGCUGGAAUCAUUGACAGUUCCAUAUUCCAAUGGCAUUCUUGA